AUGUCACGGCUGCGGCGCGUUGCCGGCGUAACCGCGGAAGCUGGAGGAUGUCCGUGCCAAUUCGUCUGCGGGAAGGAGCCGGUGGCAAAAACGCUCGCUGGUUGGUUAGUGGGGAAAUCUGGCUCCGAAGAUUGCCCUUCUGAAGAACACGUUGCUCUAGCCGCUCUGUCGUUGCCCCACCUCUCCAGCACCAGCUUGCGCGUUGUCGACUCACUACCAGCAAAUUACUGUCCGCGCAAAUCCAUAACAGCAAAGACCGAUUCUACAAGUCGACAGAACCUGUCCAAACGCUCAGCCCAUGCGCCACCACCCUCUCUACCGCCAUAUCACUUUACUUUCCUCCUCUACAAUCGCCGACUCCCCUCGUAA